AUGGCGUUCAAGAUGCUUUCAAGGGCGAGGAGCAAUAUCUCUGUUUUGUUUGUCUUGUGUCUUAUGUUAGCUCUGUCUACUUUGGCCAUCGCUGGAACGGAGGUCGCAGUCUCUGAGCUAUCAGCAUCGCAAAUCGAAGAAAAGCUGCAAGAAUGCCCACUGGUGCAGUCAUUAAAUGCCCACAAGCAGGCCACAGCUCCGCAAACCACGAGCUUGACCUCGAAAAUAUUUGCAGUCCUAUUCCCAGGCAGUCCUGCAGUCAAUGCCAUUCUGGCAACUUUUUAUAUUUCCGGUCCUCCGAACUUCCUGCUUGCAUUAUGUCCAACAGACAUUGAUCCAUCCUCAUUAUCAGUGAUGGUGGCAUUCGCUGUGGGAGGGUUAAUGGGGGAUACCCUCUUUCACCUUCUUCCAGAGAUAUUCUUGGGAGAGGAUUCUCCCGAGCACGCGCGUUUUGUUCUCGUCGAACCCAACAGAAACCUACUUCUUGGCGCUGCCAUCUUGGUCGGGUUCCUUACCUUCGUUGCUAUGGAUAAAGCACUCCGGAUAGCUACUGGAGGGGAAGGGGCGCAUGAUCAUGGCCAUGAACACAAACCGGCCAGCCCUAAAGGUGGUGACACUGCAGUAGCAUCCGGCUCAUCUACACUUGACGGCAACACCAAGGAUCAACCAAGACUGCGCAAGCCGGAGAAGCCCGCAGAAUCUCAGUUAACCCAGGAGAAAGAAGUCAACCCCAGCGUCAAGCUCGGUGGAUAUCUCAAUCUCAUCGCUGAUUUUACUCAUAACAUCACCGACGGUCUCGCAAUGUCCUCCUCUUUCUAUGCCUCCCCAACCAUCGGCGCAACAACCACCGUCGCGGUCUUCUUCCACGAAAUCCCUCAUGAGGUUGGAGACUUUGCACUCCUUGUGCAGUCCGGCUUUUCAAAGCGGAAGGCUAUGGGUGCUCAAUUCGUCACUGCGGUUGGCGCCUUUUUGGGUACUUUCAUCGGUAUUGCCAUUCAGGAGCUUGGCGGGAAUUCUGAGACGUCUGCUUCUUCUUCAUCGUCCGCAGGUUUGCUAGGAACUAGUCUUACUGCCGGCGAUUUACUCCUACCGUUCACCGCUGGGACGUUCCUCUAUGUGGGAACCGUUGCUGUAAUUCCAGAGCUCCUUGAGACUGGCAAGGAUAAGUCUACCGAGUUGCGCAAAACUAUUAAACAGUUUGCUGCGAUGUUUGCGGGUGCAGGUAUUAUGCUUUUGUAA